AUGGAAUUUUAUGAAAUAGUCAAAUCUAUCGGCUCUGGUUCAUUUGGUUAGGUAUACUUGGCCAGGAAUAAAAGAGAAGAUCGUCUUUAUGUAAUAAAGCGUAUCAAAAUCAGAGACAUGAAUCAGAAGGAUCGUGAAAAUACUGAAAAUGAAGUCANUUGAAAGAAGCAGUAGAUUUGAAGGACAAACUACAAAAAGCUUUGAUAGCCAAGUAACAACUAGAGAAGAUAUCUCAAUUAGAUUUUAAUAGACCCAAGAAAGUAAAGUAUAAAUUGAUAUAGAAAUUACAAUUAUAUGCUCAAUAGUUUGGCAUAGAUUUAUUGGAUCCACAAGUACAAAACGAGUUUAAGAGAAUUUAAGAGUAAAACCUAGAGGACAUUCGACAAUGGCUGAAAUAGAAUCAGUGGAGUUACGUUGACAAAGCAACUUAGAUAUAACAGUAAGAGAAAGCCAGAUAAGAAUUGGCUAAGUUGUAAUUUAAGAGGAAAAUGAUCCCUUAAAAAGUAAUUCAAUAUAAAUUACCUCAAUUUAGCAUGCUAAACACAAGGUUGUUAAGAAGGCUUAAAUUGGACUAUCCUAAAACAGUCCUAGUUCACCUUCGAGUAACACAAAUAUCUCAACUAAAGAGUUUUAAUAAAGCAAUUCUGCAUUGAAUAACGAAAGUAAUUAAUUAUGUAAGUUUACAUAGCUUAAGUUGAAGCAGAACAAAAUUGUGAUUUGAAUUGCAUUAUUAACUUCUCUAUUUUACUCCUAGCGACAAUCACAAUAAUAUCAACAAUCUAUUAUUCAUUCUUAGGAUGA